GGGCCGAGGGCGCCGCAGGUGCUGCGGGCACUGCGGCUGUGCUGGCGCACGGAGGCCUCACUCCUGCGGCUGGCACGAGCCACGGCAGCGAUGCUGCUGCUCUGCCUCCUCGUGCUGCUGGCCACGUGCAGGCCUGUGCAGGGCACGUGGAGCUCCUGCGAAGGAAGCUGUGGGCUCCGGCCCUUGACUUCUGACGAGGAGCGAGGCAUGACGCGCGUCGUGGGUGGCAAAAGUGCCGAGGCAGGGGCCUGGCCCUGGCUUGUCAGCAUACAAGAUCCCUCAGUUUCAAGCACGGGGCAUCUGUGUGGAGGAUCCCUCAUCAGCACACAGUGGGUCCUCACAGCAGCCCACUGCUUUGCCAAUUCCAGGAACAUCAGCGCCAUGCGCCUGCUGAUCGGGGCCACCCAGCUGACUGAGCCGGGCCCUGGGGCCGAGGUGCGCCUGAUUAAGCGGCUGCUGGUUCACAAGGAAUACGGUUCUGCCGACCAGAGCAACGACAUCGCGCUGCUGGAGCUGAAUGAGCCCGUCCAGUGCAGCUCCUACAUCCAGCUGGUCUGUGUGCCCAACGCCACGCUGAACGUGGCACAGCUGGGAACCUGCUAUGUCGCUGGCUGGGGUGCCACUACAGCAAGAUCUCAAAAAUCAAGUGAUGUCCUGCAGGAGGCCAAGGUCCACCUUAUCAAUGUCCAGAUCUGCAACAGCAGCGAGUGGUACCAGGGGGACAUCCAUAGCCACAAUUUAUGUGCUGGCUACCCGGAGGGUGGCAUCGACACCUGCCAGGGUGACAGCGGGGGUCCACUCAUGUGCAAAGACAGCAGUGCUGACUUCUUCUGGGUUGUUGGAGUGACCAGCUGGGGGAGAGGCUGCGCCAGAGCAAAACGGCCUGGAAUAUACACUUCUGUUCAGCACUUCUAUGACUGGAUUCUCAUCCAGAUGGAACUGCUUCCACAAGUAGAAGCUUCUCGGGCAUGGAGUCAUUACACAACUGCCUCGCAACCCUGGACUCAUCAUACAAACGCCCCAUGGCCCACUCAGAAGCCAUGGCCAAGACCACCUCCCACUUAUAAGCCAUGGCCGAGACCACCUCCCACCCAUAAGCCAUGGCCAACAACACUUCCCACUCAGAAGCCAUGGCCAACAACACUUCCCACUCAUAAGCCAUGGCCAACAACACUUCCCACUCAGAAGCCAUGGCCAACAACACUUCCCACUCAUAAGCCAUGGCCGCCAACACUUCCCACUCAUAAGCCAUGGCCAACAACACUUCCCACUCAUAAGCCAUGGCCAACAACACUUCCCACUCAUAAGCCAUGGCCAACAACACUUCCCACUCAUAAGCCAUGGCCAACAACACUGCCUACUCCGAGGCCAUGGCCAAAACCAACCCCCACUCAGAAGCCAUGGCCAACAACACUGCCUACUCCGAGGCCAUGGCCAAAACCAACCCCCACUCAGAAGCCAAGUUCAAUACCUACACCAGUGGAAGAGAUUAAGAACUGCCCAUUUCCACUCAAGAAGCUGAUGGAAUUCUUCACCCAGAUCCAGGAGCUCCUGAAGAACUUACAGGGAAUUCCAGUUUGAGCAGGAGAAUGGACAGGAUCCAGUGCAGGUUGCAUGGGACUGCAACCGUUUCCUGCUGAGGCAGCGCCUGCUGAUCCAAAGGCCGCCUCAGUGCCGAAGGCCUGCUCUGUCCUGCCUACGUUGCUCCUCUACAUGUAUACAAGUGCUAACAUUGACUUAGUUGCUGAAAUAAAGUUGCCUAUAUUUGGAGUUAA